AUGGGCAUGAAAGACGCAUUGCAAGGCGGCAAGGCCCAUUUACAUGCGGGCCGCGAAAAGCUGCACCUGCGUCUCACGGAGCCGAGCAGCUGGAAACUCCCGAAGCAGCACAGCAGUAUCGCACCUCCGGACGUCUGGACCAAUGCCGACCAGGACCCGGUGCCUCCAGAGAAGCUCACAUGGACACAGUGGACGUUUGUCACCUACUGGCUGUCCGACCUCGUCACCAUCUCUGGUUGGGAGGCCGCAAGCUCGAUUGUCACGACUGGACUCUCCGCCACCGACGCCGUGCUCAUCACCUUGGUCGCCGGUAUCUGCAAUGCGAUACCAACUGUGUUGAAUGGAUGCAUCGGCGCGGAUCUACACAUUCCCUUUCCCAUCGCAGCCCGUGCUAGCUACGGAUAUUGGCUGAGCUAUUUUUGCGUCAUAAGCCGUGGUAUACUUGCCCUCUUCUGGUUCGGUGUUCAGAGCGCAGGUGGUGGAGACUGUGUAACUGCUAUGAUCACUGCGAUAUGGCCGAGCUACCAAAGCGUACCAAACCAUCUGCCCGAGUUUGUUGGCGUGACGACGCAAGGAAUGGUGUCGUAUUUUAUUUACUGGCUUAUUCAAUUCCCUCUGCUGCUCAUUCCAACCCACCGGCUUCAAUAUCUCUUCAACGUCAAGGCAUGUCUCGCACUUCCCAUGGCCCUUGCCAUGGUGAUUUACUUGUCUGUAAAAGCCGGAAGUAGCUCGAAUGAGUUCUUCACUGCACCAGCUACAGUCCAUGGCUCUACAAGGGCUUGGUUGUGGCUAUCGAGUUUGACAUCUGUGAUCGGAGGCUAUAGUACCCUCGCAGUCAACAUUCCCGAUUUCUCCAGAUUCAGUCGGAGCAACAGAGAUCCGUGGUGGCAGUUGCCCAUUAUCCCGUUCUUCAAGACCAUAGUUGGCGUCCUAGGAAUUGUGGCAGCCAGUGCAUCUCAACAAAUUUACGGCACGGCCCUGUGGAACCCUCUGGACAUUGUGAACGAGUGGCAAGGAACGCCAGGCGGUCGCGCCGCUGCCUUCUUCUGCGGACUGAUCUGGCUUCUGGCCCAGAUCAGCGUCAACAUCAGCGCCAAUGCCGUCUCCUUUGCCAACGACAUCACGACGCUGGUGCCCAAGUGGUUCAACGUCCGUCGCGGUACCAUUUUUGCCUCCUUUAUCGGCGGUUGGGCCCUUUGCCCGUGGAUCAUCAUGGCGUCGGCGUCGUCCUUUUUGAGCUUCAUGUCGGCAUACGCAAUCUUUAUGGCUCCCAUUGCCGGAAUCCUGGUGACCGAUUAUUGGCUAAUCAAGCGUCGCAAGUACGACGUUCCCGCGCUGUACGACCCCUACGGCAUCUAUCGGUUCGGCUGGGGUGGCAACUGGAGAGCCCUAGUCACCACGUUGCUUGUCAUUGUCCCGCUGCUGCCAGCGCUGGCACAUAAGGUGACGCCAAACAGCGUACACAUUAGCACGGGGUUGCAAAACCUGUUUAGCUUCAAUUGGCUCUACGGAUUUGUAGUGUCAAUUGUCCUCUACUACGUGCUCAAUGUUAUUUUCCCCCACCAGCCGACGCUGAUUGACAAAGUGGUUCCCGGGUAUCCAUAUACGAUUGAGGGGAUCGUGGCGGAUACGGAAAGCCAGAAUUCGACAAGAGAAGCCAAGGAUGAAAUGCCACAGAAAGAUGGACAUGGCCCGAGAUAUUCUGAAGCACAAGAAGUCAUUGGUUCUGCUGUGGCUUAG